AUGCCGCUUCACCGAUUGCUCUUUGCAGUGGUAUUGUUUGCAUGUGAAUGCCUGGAGAAGGCUGCUGCCACUCAUGAGCCAGAGGAGCAGCUCGAGCCUUCCAAUGAAACUUUGCAUCCGGGCUUCCUUGCGCAGCUACAAGGCCACAAGCGUGCCAUCUAUGCCAUCGCCAUCUCGUCCGAAGGUCUAUUGGCAUCCGGUGACAAGGAGGGCGUGAUCUGUGUCUGGAAUGUCUCCGCGCCCUCGCGGCCUUGGCGCAAGCUCACUGGCCAUCGCUAUGGCGUUACGGCCCUGGCUUUCGCAAAUGGCACACUUCUCUCUGGAGCAGCAGACAACACCACGCUGCGCUGGGACCUCGCGUCCGGGAGGAUUUUGCAGCAGAUCCCACAUCCGAGGACGGUCUUUGGGAUCUCUGUCGAUCCGAGCGGCGCCUUUGCCACGGCGGCCUGGGACGGCACCCUGCGGCUCUUCGGGAUGCAGGGCCAGGGGCAGGCCGAGCUUCCCAGCGGAGGAGGACUUUAUGCAGUCGCCCACUCAGCCCUCGAUCCGACGCUGGUGGCCACGGCUUCUGCGGACAGGACGGUGAAAAUCUGGGAUGUGCAGCAGCAAAGACUGCUGUGGACGCUUUCCGGCCACAAGGAUCACGUCACCGCCGUCGGAUGGUCUGACAGAGAGCUUCAGCUCGCCAGUGCAGGCUGGGACAGGAGGUUUCGUCUCUGGUCGCUCUCCAAAGAUGAAGUGGCGGCCUGCAGAUCAUUAGCGAAAUGUUCAACAGCAAUCGUCCCACGCUACGUCCGACGCCACCAGCAGCUGCUUUGGGCCGUUGCCUUUGCUCCAGGUGGGCGUCUGGUUGCUGCUUGCCACGGUGCCGUUGGACAGUCGCCGACCGUUGUUCUCUACGAUGCAGAGAGCGGUACGGUGGUAAGAAGGCUUGGGCGACACAAGGACACUCCUUUGGCCCUGGCCUUUUCCCCAUCGGGCGAUGUCCUUGCGUCCGCUGGCAUGGACCGGAGGGUGCUCCUCUACAAGGCCACCGACCCCAGCGAUGACCUCCCACAGGGCGACGCAGAUGACGAGGAGGAAAGGCUCCAAUGGCUUCAGGACGUGGAGGAUUUCCGCCAGGAGCAAAAGAGCCUCAAUGCGAGCAAGCUUGCGCAGUUGGCGCAGGAAUUGGCCAACCUUCAGAACCGGUCGAAGACCGACACAGGAGGGAAAGGUCCCUGGACGCCGCAUCCCGCUUCGGGCAUGGUUGCUCUCUUGUGA